AUGCGAAAUUUGACACGUAAAAAAUGUUUAUUUGCUGUGAAAGAAACACAAAAGUCAAACAAGAUAUUUAGUACAAUAGCACGUCAACUUCAUUGUGAUCGUCGAACAGUUAGUCGUAUUGUCGCUCACUUCAAUGAAACAGGAUUAUUAAAUGAAGGAAAAAGACCUGGUCGACCAACAUCUCUUACUGAAGGACAACAACGGUCACUCGACAAGUACAUUUCAAAAAAUCCAACUGCAACUGCUAAUCAACUCUCAAGCUUUAUCUAUAACAAGUUCAACAUCCGAAUCAGUGAACGUACAUUACAACGAUAUCGUCGAGAUCUUGGAUUUUUUUCCACGAACACAACGAACCAAAGCCAGACCAACACAAAUUCAAGUCGAGAAACGUCAUUUAUUUGCACUUCUCAUCUCGGUCCACAUGUUCAUAAAUGUCGUCGAUAUGCUGCCGCUCAAGAUAAAUUAAGAUCACAUUGGACGGUAUCAGUUCGUCAGUGGUUUGAUGAUAAUGGCCUUAAAUUAUUAGAUUGGCCAGCACAUUCACCUGAAUUCAAUGCAAUUGAAUAUGUUUGGCACUUACUCAAAGAAACAGUUAAAACAGCACAGCCAAAAAGUCAAGCGGAGUUGGAAGCCGUCGUCGAUCAAGCAUGCCAUCUCAUUUCACAAAAAGUCAUCCAAGGGUGUAUUUCACACAUUUCUACUUUACUCAAAGAAGAAGCAAGCAACUAACAAGAAACUUUGGGCAUAUUAAAUGUCUCUUUUUUCUCUCUCAAUAUACAUAUUGUACUAUAGUUUUAUUACUUGAAAUAAAAAAAAAAAAUUUCAUUUAUAUGCGGGCAAAACUUUUGUUGUCGAUAAAAUGCUUUCUAGAACUGAAUGGUUUCGCAUUCUGACCAAACUAGUGUUAUUGUUAUCAAGAUUCGCCUUCAAUUAAACUGUAGGUUUUGACAGGAACUUCGUAUCAGGAUCUAGAACAGAUGUUAACCAAACUUUGAGGAAAUCUCGAUCGAGUCUAUUUAAUUAUUCUAAUCAGAAUUUAAAGUAGAAUUAAGAUUGUAUCUUGGUAUGAUCUUAAAUCUUCAAUUUAAAAGAAAAACGUCAGCAAAAAAUUGAAGAAUCCUGACAGAGGUUCUGAAUCAAAUUUAGCAGAAUCUUUUGGAUUAUUAUCUUGAAAAAUUCAUCAAAACUUUCUUGAGAAAUGGUAAGGACUGAAUAGAGUAGAUGGUAGAUUUGGAAAAUCCUAACUGACUUCUUAAGUUUUCUUAUCAAAAUCUUUGUUAGGAUUGGCAUCGUCUGGCAAGGUUUCUAAACGCUUAUCUAAAACGAGUUAUCAAUAAGAUCCAAAUAGAAUCUUGAAAUAAUCGAUCAGCUUAGAAUUCUAAAUGAUCCUAUAUUUUAGUUAGAUCAUUACAAAGGCUAGCCAUCAGAGAUGGGCAAGUUAAGUCAUUUUUUGACUUAAGAAAUGUUUUCUAAGUUCUUCACUUGACUUAACUUGACUUGAGGGUUUUUCUUUUGAAAUCUUGACUUGACUCGACUUGAUUUGAGAACGACCGUUACUUGACUUAGCUUGUCUUGUCUUGGAAAGCGUUGUGACUUAACUGGAAUAAAUUGAAUAGUUUUUUUUGGCUAUUAAUGACUUGACUUGCUUUGACUUGAACCUUAAAAACCUCUGACUUGCCCAUCUCUGCUAGCCAUUAAUCCUGUCAGCAUCUAAAUGCCAAUGUUUGGUUUCGAUCUUCACAUAUAUUUGAUGAUAGGAUGACGACACCCUAUUUGUUCCUCUUGUCAAGCUUCUGCAAAGAAUCGACAGAAAAUUCUGAUAGGAUGCUGAUUAUCAUAGAAAAAAAAUUCCUAACAAGCUACUGACGAAGGUUUGGAAAAGUAUUGUGUGUAACAUUUUAAAUUCUGCAAGCGGAAAUCACAAGUAACUGAGAUAGGAUUCUCAUAAGAAACUUGACGAGAUUCUUCGAAAUUUCGACAAAAGAAUAAGCCAAAUUGAAAUAAGGAUAUAUUCCUUGGUUGUUCAAGAACCUAUCGGAAUGCAUUUUAUUUUCGUUAGUAUAUUAGUAGAAUGAUUAUUUAUUCGAAUGAAGAGAGAGAAAUAAAAAAACCAAAGAACUUCACAUUUAUUUAUUCUCAUAAAUAACUCCAUUGUUCUUCAAAUGACAGCAGCAUACUGAAAAUAAUACCCAUGUUCAAUUGUCUUCAUCCCAUUUGGGCUCUCCAAAGUUCAAGACACCCCACUCUCGAGCAAUUUUAUCUAAGAACUCAGUGAAGGGAUUCAUAUGUCUGACCACUCUGGAAGCUUGUUGGAAAUAGCCUUCAAUACCACCUGGUGUGAAAGUGAAUUGAAGACGAGCCAGUUUUCUGUUCGUUUUAUUUGGAUUGCGCCAUGCAUGCUGAACCUCACGCGGUGAAUAAAUGCAAGAACCUUGAGACAUUGUUAAAGUUUUGUUAUAUAUGAGUCAAUUGCAACUUCACUAUACCGUUGAUAAAAAAAAACAAAAAUCAGUUGAUAGAAAAUCUGGAUAGUGCAUUUUGUUCGCCAUCCUUUA